AGCGCGCGUGUGAUUUGAUUUGUUUGUGUAUCCUCGUUGUUUUUCUCUCUAGAGUGGUUUAUUGAGAGUAAACAGAGUCUUGUCUUUGUGUAUUUUAGUGUUGAUGAUGAGAUGGAUGUGAUGUGCUGUAAAUCAGUAGGAACUGAUCUGUCUAUGCUGGAUAUUGAUGAUUUUAUCACAGAAAUCUCUCAGCUGAAGAAAGAGGUGGCGUUACUGGAGAUAAAGCUGAGAUUAAGAGGAGAUGAAGGACUGAAUAGAGAGGAUGGGGUUUGUUGUGAAUCUUCAGGGUAUGUGACUGUUUGGAGCUCCAGUGAAUGUCUGGAUUCAGUGUGGAUGAGCAGAGAUCAGAGCCGCACACCACAGUCACUGCUGGAUAAACUCUCUGAAGAGACAUCCAGACACACACAGAACUCAGAUCUCAGUCUGUCUUUACUCUCUUAUACUGAGUCAAAGCUCACAGACACUCAGGACACUACAGUGUGUGACAGUAAACAGAGCUUACAGGAGGAACAAACCUCCACAGAGUCUCUGGAUUCUGUCUGUAACGCUGGAGAACAGCAGCAGAUCCUGCAGACCAAACUCAAGAUGUCUUCAGUUAAACCGAUGGACAGUGGGAACCUAAUGAUGAAGAUGAGAAGAGAAACUACAACAGAUGAAGAUCACACUGAGGAAGAUGGUGACAAUCAUGAUGAUUUUAUUCCUUCAGAUAAGAUCAGUGAUUCGUGUUUAGAUGGAGAAAUAACGUCUUUAUCGUCAAAAGGGCGACAGACGGCACAAACUCUUUCCUGCAUCACUGAUGGAGAGACAUUGAGCUCACAGAGACAUUUAGAUAAAAAUGCAGAACAAAAACUCUUGACCUCCACCAGAUCUGAGAUCAGCUUCACUACCUUACAAAAGUAUAAACGUCAUCAUUCAAAAGUGCACAGAGAGAAGAAGAAGUGUGGGAAUGAUCUUUUAGCAUCAACGUCUCAUAUUAAUGCUCACGUGAGGACACACAGUGCUGAAAAGUCUUUCUACUGCACUGAAUGUGGCAAAUAUUUCAGCACCAAACAAAAUCUUGAUAUUCAUCAGAGAAUUCACACUGGAGAGAAACCAUACGAGUGUCCUCACUGUGAGAAGAGAUUUAGCCAAAAACAUUAUCUGAAGUCACAUAUGCUUAUACACACCGAUGAGAGAUCGUAUCAGUGCAGUCAAUGUGACAAAACCUUUAAGAAUUCAAGUUCAUUAAAAUCACACCAGAAUAUUCACUCUGAGGAGAAACGCUAUCAGUGUUCACACUGUGAUAAAGGUUUCUGUCAGAAAUCUAAUCUGAUUGACCAUGAGAGAGUUCACACUGGAGAAAAACCUUACUUCUGCUCUCACUGUGAAAAGAGCUUCACUACUCAAAGUAUUUUUAAAGUUCAUCAGAGAAUUCAUACAGGAGAAAAACCUUACGUCUGCUCUCAUUGUGGUAAGAGAUACUCUGAUCCAAGUAAUUUUAAAGUUCAUCAGAAAACUCACACUGGACAGAAACCUCAAUCACUGUACUGUUUUUGGGAAGAGUUUCAGCAAAAAAUGUAAUCUAAAGAAACAUGUGCGUAUACACACCAAUAAGAAACCAUAUCAGGUUUUAGUGAGACACCAUAUAACUCAUACAGGUGAAAAACCGUUACAAAUGUUCUCAGUGUGAGAUGCCAGAUUCCUUAAAAGUCCAUUUGAGAGUUCAUACGUGAGAGAAACUUUACGGGCCCUAUCAUACACCCAGCGCAAUGUGCAACACAAGUGUCUUUCGCUAGUUUCAACCUGGCGAAAUGAUCAUCUUCACGUUUAGCUAGCACCAAGUUGUUUAAAUAGCAAAUGCAUCUGCGCCCAAUUUUGCACCCAUGAGCGUUCUGGUCUGAAAAUGAGGUGUGUUCAUGCGCAUUCUUGGUGCGUUGCUAUUUUGAGGCAACUAAAAUAGACUACACCAUUGACCAACUAAAACGUUAGUAAUACGGGAUGCGCGUUUGCUUAUCACACCCAUGGAUGCGCAGCAAAACACAACCCUUUUAUAAUAUGAAAAAAUAAUGGAUUAAAAUGUAAAAGAUUAUUUUUGAGUAUCUUGGACUUAAUUGAGGACCGAUUAUGAGACGUUAGAGGGUGUAAAGAGCUGCUUCACCUGUAGCUUGGUAAGAAAAUGUUUUGCUUUAAAUAAAUGCUUCUGUUUUUAAAUGUUUUUUAAAUGCUACCUCACAAAUUAAUUGUAUAUGAUGACUAUGUAUGUACCUGUGGAUAUGGUGAGAUGAGAAACAUUUUUAAGUAAUGCUUUAAAAAAAAACAUGGCGCUGUCUGAGUGCUGAAACUGUUCUCUGCACAUUUGUAAAUUCUUUAUCUUCUGUUUGUUACAAAUAAAGUAUUUUUAGAGCACAAACCUUUUCUUGCAUAUUUGCAGAUUAUUACACUGAUUUUGUUGGAUAUCCAUACAUUUACAGCAAAUAAAAGCUUGCUAUUUCACUUCCGUGACUGAAAGAAAAAGGCUUUUAAAGGGUUAAAUCUAAAAAAAAAAAACAAUUUCAAUACAAAUAAAAUCAAUCUUAAACUGGUGGCCUUCUUCUUC